AUGAUCAGAGGCCCAUUGAGUACAAUUUGAGCAGUGCCUGCCUCUUGUCUCUUGAUAACGACCCCCACGACCCCGCGAUGCCUUACAUCUCUGUGACGAACCCGACGUCUGUUUACGAGGUGCUUGCGCCACAGAUCGUGACGACGACGAUUUACCCGAGCUCGACGGCCUCCGCGACAUCCACGCACCCGCACAGGCAGGUCGUCCCCAUCGGCGCCAUUGUAGGCGGCAUCUGCGCGGGCGCCGCUGCCGCCUGCAUCAUCACGGCCGCCUGGAUCCUCUGGGGGCGCUCGAUCAAGCGCAAGCAGCUCAAGGAGCGCCAACAGGCGGAGAAGGAGCAGCAGCUCUCCGAGAAUACCAAGCGUAACGCUGGCCGAUUCUCCACGCCCGGCCCAGCAGCGGGCUCAUACCGCCCGCUCUUCGGCCUGCCUGAGUCGCGCAAGAUCAAGUUCGCGCCCAUAGAUGAGAAGCCUCACUCCCCACAUGCCGUUGCACGUCCCCCGACGCCCCCACCCUCGCCUCCCUCCAAGGAUGACGCCCACGAGUCGCCGUUCGACGAUGUUCAUGAAGAGACCGACGUCAGCACCCCUUUGCCACCACCUCCUCCCCCUGCUCCGCGCCGGACCAGCACCCCACCUCCUCUGCGGUCCACCAAGGCUUCUCGCGACCUCGCCAGCGAAGCCAAGGAGGCUCCUCGCCAUAGUCUUCGAAGCAAGGCCUCUGCCGCCAGCUCUGCGUCUAUGUACUCGACAGCGAGUGGCGAGGCGCACCGCAACUCGAGGCUCUUCUCGCUGCCGGCCUGGGACCACACCUUCCUCCACCCGCGCUGGUCCGGAUCAUCGUUCGCAGCAAAUAUGCUGCCCAAGCGAGAGCGCACCGCGAGCAAUCCUCCCCCACCGCUGCCCGAGCCAGUCCCGGAUUACAAGAACAUCGGGGUCGCGCGAUAGACGUGCAACGAACUCUGUACUCUUUGACUUCUGAAGGACGUGUAUGGACUUUUGUACGAAACUAACGGACCUAACCUUAUUGCCUUAUACUUACUGACCCUUAUUGACCCUCUUGUGGUUUAUGUCGACCCCAUGGACUUUUGCGAACGGAAUAGCCUUCUUCGGAUACUGAUUGAUUCAGGGACGCUUCUCCGAAUGGCCACUGUCGUAAUGUCGGUCGCUCUGUUGAGUAAUUAUGUUGUGUUCUCGGUG